UCUUCAGAAUCGUCUAGGUAAAGUGGCCAACUCUGCAAAAAGAAACCAGAUUUGUUUAAUUUUGCCCUGGAAAGCUGCUGCUAGUUUUAAAAUGGAUUUGGCUCCAAAGCUGGCCAGCUGAAACCAGUGCUCCUCCCACUUUUUGUAGAAAGUUCUGACUCUGGAGAGCUUGAGGUAGUAAUACUGAAAGCUUGACCAUUUAGUACUGCCUCUUCCUGAGAUCUCUCAUUUGAUCACAGAGCACAGGAAGUCAAAGACAGAGAACCCACAGCAGCCGCCUUCCUCUCCUCCAGCGUCUGUUACUUUUUAAGAUCUACAAAGAAAAAAUACUACGCCAUCUUUCUGGCUGAGAGGCAGGGUGCAAUCCUCUAUCUUACGAAAUGUAAAACCUCUGUCAACUCUGGAUAUUAAAGUUUUUCAGAUGGAGAGCUGCUUAAAUGGGUCUGCACAGCAGAGCUGAUCAAGGGAGACAAUGAUGAAGACAACAUCUGGGGAAGAAGUGGAAACUGGAGACAUGCCAGGCCCUCUGCUAGGUGCAAAUGAUGACUGCAGGCAGCCUCAUCCGCUCCCUUCCCGGCCAGCACCAUUUCCAGGUAUCAGCAUCCUGGACAAGCUGAUUAGGACUUGCCCGGUGUGGCUUCAGCUCAACACCAGAGAGGAAAGAGUCGCCGAAGUCCUCCACAUGGAACCACGAGGGGCAUUUAUGGUGAGAAAAGAUUGCACCCUAACAAACAUGGUUCUUUCGGUGAAUUUUCCUGGAGCAGAAGGAACCCCUAACAUCCUUGAAUACUCAAUAAAGGAGGAAAAUUCAAUUAUGUACUUGGACGGUUCCUUGUUGGUGUUUGAAGAUAUUUUCAAAAUGGUAGCAUUCUACUGUGUAAGCAGGGACAUUCUGCCAUCACCCCUGAUGUUGCCACAAGUAAUAGCAGAAGCAACAAGUUCCGAAGAACUGGAGGUUGCUUCACAUCUGGGUAUAGAUUUCUGGAACUCUUACAUGAACAGAGGGGAUCGAGGAGGAAGUUUGAAAGUUUCAAAAGACGUAAACGUUAUUAAUAGGCAAACUCAGAACUUUGCGACUGCUCCACGUCUGUCCUCUGGCAAGAGUGCUUGCUCAUGUGAGAUUGAAUUGUCAGCAGGAAAUGACAAGCUGUGGUUUGUUAAUCCUGUAUUUAUAAAAGAAUACUGCAGCACUGUCCAUUCUUCUGAGCCACCACUACAGCGAAGUUCGAACCCUGCAAGUAACACAGAUCUGAAAGUAAGGAGACCUCCACCUCUGCCACCCCGGCCAAAGCUCUCUGAGGUGAUUGCUGUAACGUCUGACAAUGACAGAAGGAGAAACCAGUUGCUGAAAGGUGAAGCGGCCAAGCAAAACACAGAAGUUCGUAUCAGAAAGGACCAAGAAAGUUUAGCCGAGCCAAUAAAGGAACUUGAGAGAAAAGAAGCUGAAAUCAGGACCGUGAAUAUUGCAGAGCAAAACACUGACCACUUGCCUCCAGUCCCACCAAGGCGCCGGCCAGCAGAAAGGCAGCCUACAGACACUACAUGUAACAAGAGCGAGGAGAUGGCACAAAGCAACGGUAAUACACAGAAUGAUGAGCUAUCCGACCAAACUUGCAUCAAGUCGACAGAGAACGAACAGAAUUUGUUAAGUGAGAAAACCACAAAUGUUGAUACAAGCCUUACUAGCACCAUUCCAGCCGGGCCUGACACAGAGCAAAGGAAACAGUCUUGUCAGCAGACACCCAUUGCACCUCCAAGGAGGAAGAAAAUUGCCAGGAGAGAAACCGAACGAGAAGGCACGACCACAGGUCAGGAAAGCAAAACACCAACAACUUCUGAGUUAAACACAGCAAAGGGUCUGUCAGAAGAUGCUUCUGACUCCUCAGCCCAAAGUUUAACCAGCGCUGAUAGUCAAUCGGGUCAGCCAAGUAACUUCACUGAGUUGAAAAUGGCUGAUGAAUCUCUGUACUCUCCUGAAUGUAAUGCAGUCAGCCCCACUGAUGAAAUAGACUCUUAUUCGAACAGCAGCACAGAGGAAGAACUAGAUUCGUUGAAUACUCCUUCUAAACUCAAGAAGCAACACCAGUCCAUGAUGCUAAACAAGGCACGAAACAGACUGUCCAUAAUGACAUUAACCAAUGUUUUGAAUGCCUUCCGUUCCACAGACAGAAAGAUUAUGAAGAAAAUAACGGAACUUGCUCAAGAGAAGGCCUCUUACUUUGGUCAGUUGAUUCAGGAUUAUAGAGCCUACACUUUGGAGAUGAUGGGAAAUCAGACAUCCAGCACAGAAAUGCUGCAGGAGAUCCGACAGAUGAUGACACAGCUCAAAAGCUAUUUAUUGCAAAGUACAGAGCUGACCUUAAUGAUCGACUCGUCUAAUCAAUCUGAAGAUAAACUGGAGGCCGUCGUGGAAGCAGCUUUAUGCAAAUGUGUUCUGAAACCCUUAAAGGACAACAUCAACAAUCAGUUGAAGGAAAUUCAUUCCAAAAAUGGCAAUCUGAAACUUUUGAAAGAAAACCAACAGAUUGUGCAAAAUACAACCACCACUGAGUUGGGUGUGACGACUAGUGUACCAGAAGUAAGUGUCCUGGAAAAGAUCCACCAGAAGCUCAGCAUUAUGCACCAGACCUACUCACCAGACAAGAAGGUCACCUACCUGCUUAAGUCCUGCAAGAUGAUUUAUGAUUCAAUGUCAGUUGGACAUCAUGCAAAGUCACAUGGUGCAGAUGACUUCCUCCCUGUGUUAAUGUAUGUGUUGGCGAGAAGCAACCUGACGUCGCUUCUUCUGGAUGUGGAAUAUAUGAUGGAGUUACUCGACCCUUCAUUACACUUAGGAGAAGGGUAUUAUUAUUUGACGACAACCUACGGCGCCUUAGAACAUAUCAAACAUUUUGAUAAGCAGACUGUCACUCGCCAACUCAGCCACGAGGUCCAGGAUUCGAUCCAUCAGUGGGAAAGGAGGAGGACUCUGAACUUGAAGCAAGUGCCAAGGUCUUCGGUGCAGGAUUUCCUGAGCGUGUGCUUCUUAGAGUAUGGGUGCAACAUCAAAACAUUUGCCAUAAACCCGGAGACAACUGCAGAGAAGCUGUCCAAACAGUGUGCUGAGAAGUUUGGAGUCUCAGAAUCCGAGGACUACUGCGUGCACCUUGUAGUGGAGGAGAGGAGCAUGCAACUGGCUGCUAACGCAGUCCCUCACCAUCUCAAGUCCAUCCUUCGGAAGAUGCAGCCACAAAAAGACCAUUACUUCAUAUACAAGCAGGCAAAUCAGGCAGAAGAGCCUGAAAACCCACCCAUAAAGGACCUCCCAUCCUUCUGAUUUCUCUUUCGCUGACAAUUGACCAUGGUUUCUUCCUUCCACACAUCACAAGAAAAAUAAAACCGGAGGCUGGAAAUCUGAAAGGGGAUCAACAAAUGCUCCUAGUUCAGCAAGCACCUGAAGGGAAAAUGUGAAAGCACAUUUCAGUUUUGAUUUUCACCGGAACUUCCAUAUAUUCGCCUCCUUGUUAGUGUAGGGCUGACCAUUUCGGUUUUCAAUAUCCUGGACUAUUUCUAAAUCAAGUUUAUUUAUACAUUUUAUAACCAAUGUAAAUACAAUCUUAUUUCUCUUUGUAUCUGUACUUUGGUCUUAACACCAUUAUUAUAAAUGGAAACUUGCAAAAGGGAUCUUUGGAACAUUUGUCAGAUUUGAAUGUAUCAAGACAUAUUGAAAUUACAGAGUAAAUUCCCAACAGUUUAGAUC